AUGACAGAGAUGCCAGUCUCAGGCCCAGAGGCCUGGUACAGCCCUUCUGGCCUCCUCCAGACACCUGCCUGCAGCUCCCCCAAACCCAUGGCCUCCUGGAGGCAGAAGAGGACAGGCCCUGCCCCCAGCCAGGCCCCGCCCCUCCACCGGCCCCCUCCGCCAGGCCCCGCCCCCCAGCCAGACUAUGAUACCCCGCUUCUGACAGGCCCAGGCCCCGCCCUCAGCCCUGCCCCCCCAUCUGACUGGCCCGGCUCUCAGCAAGGCCCCGACCCCAGCCCGGUUCUGAACCCCCUCUACCAGGCCCCGCCUCUCCUGCCGGACCCCUUCCCUCUGACAGGCCCCGCCUAUCGGCAGCGCUCUCCAUUCCGCUGUGCCCUCUCCACCAGGCCCCUCCCUCCAGUCUGGUUCUGA